UCCAUCCUCCAAAAAACAAAAAAAAAAAAAAAAAAAAAAUGACUUUUGGAAAAGAUGCUCGUCCAUUGCCAAUGUACGAAUAUAAAGUUCUGAAACACGUACCUACUAUGGUUAGAAGACGAUAUGAUCGAGAUCUUGACCACAAGUUGAGCGAUGCAACUCUAGAUUUGUCAUCUAAAGACGGCGAAAGCAGAGGUGAUGAUGGAGCUGAAGCUUCCAAUCAUGCUGCUGUUAGUGAUUUUGAUGAUGAACCAGAAGAUGAAUUACAUGCAGAUUUCGACAAUGAACAGGAUUCCCAAACUUAUACAGAUGAUAUGGGCAUGUUUUCAGAAGAUAGCAAAAGCGAAAGUGGAGGAGCUGAAGAUGAAAAUAUUGUGUAUGUAGGUUUGCAUGAAGUAGAAGACAGCAGAAGCGAAGGUAAUGGUACAAAAGAUGUGAAUAUUGUUAGCGAUUAUGUGGAUGAUAGUGUCCAAGACGAAGUUGAGGACAAGGAUCAGGGAAACUCUGACAAUAAACAAGGUUUUCAAUCAGAAGACGAAAAAAGCAUAGGUGAUGAUGGAGCUGAAGAUUCCAGUCCUGCUGCUGUUAUUGAUUUGGAUGAUCUUGUUGUUAAUAAUGAAGCUGAGGAAACACAAACAUAUACAGAAGAUUUUAGAUGUAAUGAAUUCGGACAAAGUACGAAUGAUAGCAAAAGUGAAAGUGGAGGAGCCAAAGUUGCUGAUCUUACAAGCAAUAAGGAUGCGAAUGUUGAAGAUGAAAUCGAGGGGGAUGGACAUGCAAAAUUAUCUGACAAUGAGCAAGAUGACAGCAAAAGUGAAAGUAAAGAUGUUAUUGAUGCUAAUGUUGAAGAUAAAAUCGAGGGAAAUGGAGAUGUGAAAACCGACAAUGAGCAAGGUCUAUGUUCAGAAGAUGGCAAAAAAGAAGAUAUCGCAGCUACAAAUGAGGAUACCCUUGAGAAUUUUGUGGAUUCUAGUGUCAAAAAUGAAGUCCAGGAAAGAGAACAGGAUUUGAGUGUCAUAGAAGAUAGCAAAAGCGAAGACAAUGGAACUAAAGAUGCAGAUAUUGCUUGCGAUUAUGUGGGUGAUAAUGUCCAAGACAAAUUUGAGGACAUAGAUCAUGACAAAUCUGACAAUGAACCAGGUAUAUGUUCAGAAGAUUGCAAAGAUGAAGAUGAUGGAGCUAUAGAUGCGAAAAUCCUUGCAGAUAACGAGGAUGCCUGUGUUAAAAAUGAAGUCCAGGACAAUGAAUUAGUACAAGAUAGCAGAAGCGAAGACAAUGGAACUGAAGAUGUAAAUAAUAUUAGCUAUAAUGUGGAUGGCAGUGUCCAAGAUGAGGUUGAGGACAAAGCUCUUGGAAUAUCUGACAGUAAAAAAGUAGAUAUGCAGCAUAUGCUAGUAGAAGACUGCAAGAGCGAAGCCGAUGCCACUAAAGGUGCAAGUGUUGAUAGCUAUAAUAUGAAUAAUAGUGCCAAAGAUGAAGUCUUGGACAUUGAACAUGACAAUAAACAAGAUGAUAGCAAAAUCCAUAGUGAAGGAGUUGAACACGAUGAUCUUUCCACUUAUGAGGAUGUUAGUGUUGAAGUCCAAGACAAGGGAGUCGGAAGCUUUUCUGAUGAACAAGAUUUUAGCCCAAAAGCUUUCAAGGAAACUCUGGAACGAGAUGGAAUUGAUCUGUGUUGUCCCAAAUGCAAGAAUAAUAUCACCCACACAAUGAUUUAUCGAAAAAAGGAAGAUAGCCAACAACAUCAAACAACAUGCUAUACCUUUUUGACAGCUCUAUUUAGUUGCAUGCAUUCGAUGGUAGUUCACUGGAGAACUAAUUAUCGCUCACACUCUGAUUAAGGCAUUGGCGGAACGGAUGCAAGGAGCUGAUCAUGAUAGAUAUGCAACGAACGCAAGCUAGCAAGCUUCACCAGGCUAACAUGUAUUGGUUGGCGACUGUGAUGUAGCUAAUUAUGGCUUUGUAGCAAAUGAAAAUUCAGCUUUGUUGCAAAAGAAAAUUCCCCUGUACUUACUAAUUAAUUCCAUCCCCGAGUUUGUAGAUUUCUUGCAUAUAAUCGAGUGUAUUCACUAUACAGAAAUAGUUAUACUUGAGUUCUAGG